AUGGGUGAAUUGAGUGAUUUUUGGGAAGAUGAUGAAGAAGAAAGUGGAAAUGAAGAACAAGAAGAAGAAGAAGACGCUGGAGUUUCGACAACGGGACUCAAGCCCUCAAGCACAGCGAGGCAUAUUCCCAUAAGACGCCGGCCUUCCUCCUCGAAUACAGCACUCACACAACUCACCCAAACGCAAAAAUCAAGCCUCACUUCCUCUUCUACCAAACACACUCAACACCAGAGCACCAACAGAGCAGAGCCUCUCGACACCACUGUCGACACCUCCUGCCAUCAAACCAACAUCACUCCUUCAUCCCGCGACCUCACGAAAAGCAGUCGUGACCUUGCCAAUCUCAAUCUGUCACUCUCCCAACUUCGCACCCUAGCCACGCUGGAGCGAAGGAUGAAGACGCAGGAAACGACUGCUCGAGCAAGAAUCCAACAUAAAGCUGAACGACAACCGGUAAAAUCUGUGUAUUAUAAGACCGCGAACCCUGUGUAUCAGGCUGGAUGA